AACAUGCAUUGCUCACUCGGCCAUAAAACAAACAUGCGAUAAAAACAACGAAUCAAACACGUCGCCAUUUUCUUCAACGGAAGGCCACUGGUGCAAAAACAGACUCCUAGAUAUGCACCCUGUGGAACAGAAUCGAGCUAAGAACUCCGCCAUUGCCCACAUUGUCAUAGGGGGCUCUCUCUUGAUCUUCGGAAUAACCGGUCAACUCACGAAAAAGUCUGAGUGGUAUGGCCAUAAUGACUAUAUGACAAAGACAGCUUUAGCAAUCUGGGUCAGCAUAUGGGUGUUGAUAACGGGCAUCUUGGGAGGCGUAACGAGUCGACAUCUCAAGUCUGCAAACGAGCCUUCUACGCGGCCAUGGGUGGUCGCCUACAUGACUUUGUCCAUCAUAACAGCUUGCUUUGCAUUCUCUCUCGCGGGCUUCAGUAGUCUAACUUUGCGCCUUCAGUACACGACCAGCUGUGACACCCAACCCUCAGACACUGGCUGGGAAACUGGGCUUGCACUCAACUGUAUCUACAUCGUAUUUGUUCUUACUGAGGCCGCGAUUGCUAUCUGGUCAGCGGAAUUGUGUCGACGAUCUGUUCGGUGCUGCUUUCAAAACGGAUUUAAGUUGCAGAGCACCUCCCAUGUAUUGCGGCUUGACAGUAGAGAGCGGGAUACCUGUGUUGUUUGACUUUACAAAGGGUACUGCUCUACAGCAUAGCGCAUGUCCACAAUAAAGAAUGCUGCUUACGAGGAGGACUGUGGGCGCAGUAUGACUAGCAGAUUUUCCUGAAGAAGGGAGUCGAGUCGAGCAAUCAGCGUUAAAAAAAGUCAUAGGUCAACUACAGCUCUAUCCUAAAAUUCGUAAACUCCAAGAGAAAUCGCAAACAAUUCGAAUCAUAGUAGGAUAAAAAUAUAUUGAGAAUACUUGAAAAGAACCGGGAUUACUGGUGUAUGCUUGAAAUAGUGUGGAUUUGAAAUAUCAAUUUUAAGCCCAGUGCAAACUGCGCCAGCACCUGCCAGCGAAUUGCUGGCGAAUUCUUGCUCGACUGACCACAUGACAAAUGAAAUGUCAGAAAGUCCAAUACCCAUUUUGACAUUUCCUUUGUCAAGCGAAAAUUCGCCAGCAAUGCUUGGCAGGUGCUGGCGCAGUUUGCACGGGGCUUAAGUCCAGUAAGGGAAGGAUGUAUAUAGUGUAUGAGAUAAAGCGAUAUUGACUUUAUCAUGAGGCAAUGGCGUGUUAGACGUGCACGAUAAAAUAACUCGAUGUAUGUAGUGUGAAUAUUAAAAAUUUAAAUAAAAGUGAAAAGUAAAUUUCAAAA